UGGUCCUUCAAACGAAUCAACUCGAGGUGUACCUGACAGACGCACAGAGAGUCGGAGAAUUGGAAGACGUGGACUUUAUAUAUAUACACUGUACUGUACUCUGAACGAGGGAAAAACAGACGCGGAUUAAAAUGAAAAGGAAUCACGAUUUUAGCUCAUCGGACAGCGAGCUGGACGAGAACAUUGAGGUUGAGAAGGAGAGUGCCGAUGAAAAUGGGAAUGUGAGUUCACUCCUUGGGCCGAUGUCUCCAUCAACAAAAACUCAAGUGAAUGCGAGGAAGCGCCGUCGAGGAAUCAUUGAAAAACGGCGCCGCGACAGAAUCAACAACAGCCUCACCGAGCUGCGUAGACUGGUCCCGAGCGCGUUUGAGAAGCAGGGGUCAGCUAAACUGGAGAAAGCAGAGAUUCUGCAGAUGACGGUGGAACAUCUGAAGAUGCUUCAUGCUGUUGGAGGAAAAGGUUACUUUGAUGCCCAUGCUCUGGCCACGGACUACCGAGGUCUGGGUUUCAGGGAGUGUCUGGCUGAGACAGCCCGCUACCUGAGCAUCAUCGAGGGGCUGGACAGCGCUGACCCCCUGAGGAUCCGCCUGGUCUCCCACCUGAAUAGCUACACGUCCCAGAGAGAGGCCCUCUCCAUCUCUGGGCUGGGGCAGCUGGCCUGGGGCUCGGCCUUCGGGUCGCCCCCCUCCGCCCACCUGGCCCACCUCCUCCUCCGGCAGCAGCACCAUCAACAUCAGCAGGGGGCGACGUUACAGUUACCACGGAGCGCCUCCAACAGCCCUCCUUCAUCCUCCUCUUCUACUCCUUCAUCCUCCUCUCCGAUUGAGAGAGCGCCACGUUCCUCGCCCCAUGGCCAUGCUCCCAGCAGGCUUAGCGGUCCCACCCCCCUCUCUGAGCCCCUCCCCCCGGGACUGAACCUCACCGUGACCUCCUCAGCCGCCGUGACCGCCAAGCUCUCCCCUCCCCUCUCUCUGUCCUCCCUCUCCACCCUGUCGGCGUUCCCCUUCCCCUUCAGUGCCUUCCCCCUGCUGUCCCCCAGCACCCUCAGCUCCCCUGCCUACACCCCCUCCAGCCAGGCCAGCCUGGGGAAGCAGCCCUACCGGCCCUGGGGCAUGGAGAUAGGGGCUUUCUGAACGAUCUUUAACCCCCCUCCACACAGACUAAACUGACCAUAUAGAUCAAUAGAGGUCGCACCAUCACUAUGAACUCAACUCAGUUCACCAGCUGAGCAGGACCUUUCCAUGUCCAAGACAAUGUUUUUCUAGACCUUUCCAUGGCCAAGACAAUGUUUUUCUAGACCUUUCCAUGUCCAAGACAAUGUUUUUCUAGACCUUUCCAUGUCCAAGACAAUGUUUUUCUAGACAUUUCCAUGGCCAAGACAAGAUUAUGUUUUUCUAGACUCUUCCAUGGCCAAGACAAGAUGGAGUUUUUCUAUCUCACAUCCUAUAGAGGAUUUCUUAGAAAUUGUGUUUCAAAUCAAAGAUUGUUGGUCACACACAUAUUUUGCAGAUGUUAUCGUGGGUGUAGCUAAAUGCUUGUGUUUCUAGCUCCAACAGUUAUACCUAGCUAAAUGCUUGUGUUUCU